AUGGCUGGCUGGGUAUUGUCUGAAGUUUCUUCCUCGCGAAUCCUCGGCAGGGUUAUCUGUCAUCGAGAUUUACUCCCACUUAUUUCCCUAAUAGCACUUAUUUGCUAUGUGGUGGUAAAAUCGAUAUAUCGUGUGUAUUUCCACCCCUUGGCCAAAUACCCCGGCCCCUUUUGGGCCAAAGUUACUUCACUCUACGACUUUUACCAAGCGCUGUCAGAGCAUCGUGCACACAACUUCCUUGCCCUUCAUAAGAAAUAUGGUCCCAUAGUGCGAUAUGCUCCCGAUAAACUCGUUUUCAACGAGCCCCAAGCAUGGCAAGACAUUUAUGCGUACAAAGCCAAUGUCCGCAAAUCUGACCUGUUCACCGCAUCCCAAUCGAACCCCGAGUCUACUGAUACCUUCAGCGAACUAUACAAGGAGCCAGCUCUGAAGAAAAGGAAAGUCUUGUCAUACGGUUUCUCGGAGAGUUCGUUGCGAUCUUUUGAGGCCUAUAUGCUAGAUCAGAUCAACAUUUUUUGCCGACAGCUGGUGAGCCCAGAGACUGAAAAGGUUAAGGAUAUGUCUCUCUGGUUUAAUUAUCUGUCGUACGAUAUCAUGGGCGAACUGGUUUUCGGACGGGGCUUCGGCAUGCUCACCGACCCUUCGUUGCGAUAUAUACUGGACCUUAUCGACUCCACAGUUUUCUCUUAUUUAUUGGGUGGCAUCAUACCCUGGUUACACAAGUCCGGCAUAAUAACGCUCUUAAUGCCUCGAAUUUAUUUUAUGAGGAAGAAGUUUGUUGCAGAGUCGACCAAGAGAAUCGUUGAGAGAAUCAAGCUGGGUCCAGACGCAGUCGGGGUGAGCGGCCGGAAAGACUUCUUUCACUACCUGCUAAACGGGAAAGACGAGAAUGGUAAUCCACUUUCACAUGCACGUUUAGGCGCCGAGGGAGUUCUCCUUAUCCUAGCAGGAAGUGACACAAGUUCUGCAUCAAUGGCUGGAACUCUCUUCUAUCUCAUGCAACAAGUUCGAUGCCAGGAAAUGCUAUUCGAAGAGCUUGAUGGAACCUUCGACAAUGUCGAUGAGAUUCGAUUAGGCGACAAAUUGACGAGUUGUGUGUAUCUACGUGCAUGCGUUGGUGAAGCACUCAGGAUGGCAUCAGCUGGACCCGGGGUCUCGGAAAGAACUGUACUCAAGGGAGGAACAAUCAUUAACAACGAAUAUUUUCCAGAAGGGACAACUGUUGGCGCGGGAGGUUGGGCUACCAGUUACAACGCAAAGUACAUACGAGAUCCCGAGAAAUAUUGGCCAGAACGACACAUACCAAGUGAGGAAGUCACAGCAGAGGAGGUUCAGAUUGCUCACAGUGCUUACUGGCCCUUCGGACUGGGAGCGAGAAAGUGUGUUGGGAUGAAAGUUGCGUUGAACGAACUACACCUCACCAUUGCAAGGGUUAUCUACCUGUUCGAGGUGAUACCGGAGAGGCCUGAGGAGUUUCAAAAGAAUUUCGAAAUUCUUGAUCACCAGAGUGAGUAA